CGUCACACGAAUACCAACGAUCCCACCUUUAGGCUAUGAGUAACGGACGCAGCCCUUCCAGACGGGAGGUAUGAAAGGCAAGAGUUUCCAACACACUUACUGUACGCAGCCGCUCUGGCUAGAAGUUUCCGCACCUUUCUUUUCCAUGUGACUCUGACCGCCAUACUCCGCUGAUGCGCUGACAUCGUGCGAGAGGAGCCCAUGGCAGUCUCGAGGAUUCUGGCGGUGUGCCUUCUCCUGGCGGCCGUCCGGGAAGCCUCCGCCUUGGCCGUCGCGCGCCCGGACGAUGCCGAGCCGGAUGCGGCGGGAGCGCUCGAGGCGGACGCCGGCGGGGACAAAGAGGCGCAGCUUUUCGGCUUUCAGUCCGACGACGAGGCCGGCAUCGGCGACGACGGCGAGGGGAUCACCGUGGACAUCGCAGGCUGCGCUGCGGAAGAGCGCGCUACGCUGGCCAGGAGUUUGCAACAGCGUUACAAGGAGCAGUUCGAGUCGAAGAUCGAGGACGUCUUUCAGUCUGUCGAACGCCCCGCGUACCUCACCGUCGGCGAGUCGCGCAACAAGGCCCUCCUGCGCAAUUUCCUGGCGCACGUUAAAGAGGUCACCACAGUAGAUGAUGUUAAAUCGACCGUGGUGGCCGUUCAGCUGGACGAAGACGGCAUGGCCCAGUGUAAUUUGGCCGCGUUGCAUUACUCGACCGAGAGGCUUGACAUUCACUGUGUCAACCUGGCGGGCUGGCUGCCGGUCGAGUUCUUCGGACCGGGGAUCAACGCGGGCCCAUGGACUUGCGUCUACAACAUGAUCAUCUGGAGCAAGCCGGAAAUCUUCCGUACUGCAGUGAAUGUUUCCGAUCAUAAUGUUCUUUUAAUAGACACCGAUGUUGUGGUUUACCACGACAUGUUCAAGCUCGGCGAGGAGGCGUUUAGGAAUCAGACGGACGCCAAGUUGGCCGUGACUCAUGAGAUCCAUGGCUACCGCAACCCGAACACUGGUGUUGUGUUCGGGACGAAGCAAGGCAUGGACAUGAUCGAGUGGUGGGCAUCCGAGAACAUCAACUGCGUGAAUCAAUUUGCUGGAGACCAGGCCGCCUUUGCCAACUUGGCGAAGUUCGGGGACAACCUGCAUUUCUGGAAGCAGCUGGCCGUGAUCAGGGUGCCAGAGGUUGGGCAGUGCGGCAACCGAGGCAUCUGGGCCACCCACUACAACUGCCUGGGCGGCAAGAAGGAGAGGGUCAUGAAGAAUGUUAGCGACUGGCACGAGGACGCGUGGGCCCAACUGCCCCCGAACGAGCGGCUUGCGAAGGCACAGCAAGCCAACUUGAUCGGGCAGCAGAAUGUCGUGGCGGCGAUGAAGGCCAGUGGCGACUGGUGGGUCACCGAGUGAAGCUGUCCGGCCCGCCGACAACACGUAGAGUUCUGGAGGUGGUGCAGUCUUGGGGUGUGAGUGUUGGGCACCGCUUAAAGCUGAGGGAGCAGCACCGGCAGGCAUGGAUAAUGGUCAAACCGAGAGCUUGCAUCAUGAAAGAUGGCAGCGACGACGAAACUUUAACUGGGUGGGUGUGCACCGGUGGGGAACAUGGGGUGUAUGCGAACCCUGCCCUCGCAGGAACCCCCCUCCGCAAAUGCGGACGGCAGAC